GUAGUAACGUAUCUGAAUUUGUUGAGACUUAUAACCCGAGUCAUUUCUAAUGGAAUUUUUGAUGUUAAAAUGCCAGAUCAGAUUCUAGACGACAUCUCUCACCGGAGAUACAAUCCCCUCCGCGGUACUUGGCUGCUCGUAUCUCCCCACAGGACGAAGCGACCAUGGCAGUAGGACAUACAAGGCACCCCGGCUCCCUCAAAGGAUGAGAGCAUCAUGGACUGGAACUAAACCGCCGUCUUGUAGAGGUCAGGAAGAGAAACCCUCCAAGAAUCAGCUUCCCGAAUAUGACCCAAAGUGCUAUCUCUGUCCCCAGAAUUUUCGUGCCAGUGGCGAUCGUAACCCGGACUACAAGAAGACCUUCAUCUUCAUCAACGACUAUAGCGCAGUCAAGGAGGACCAGGCCGCUUACAGCACUGAAACCUCGCCAGAUGACCUCGCCUCGACCCUCCUACGUGCUGAACCCACCACUGGACGAUGUCAUGUCCUCACUUUCUCGGCCAAGCACCACCUAACCCUUGCUGAUAUGACGCGCGAGGAGAUUCUUCCGAUCAUCCAAGUCUGGACCCAAGCCUAUGCUGCUCACCUCCGUCCCGACGGUCCGCUAGCAGCCACUGCCUCCGCAUGCCUCGCCAACCUCCCCUCCCUGUCACCGGAGAACACCAUGACGCCGCCCAAAACCCAGCUGCGCCACAUGCAAAUAUUCGAGAACAAGGGCGCCGCCAUGGGCUGCUCGAACCCGCACCCCCACUGCCAGAUCUGGACCACGUCUAGCAUGCCCGAGGAACCCGCCGCCGAGAUGGUCCAGCUUGCCCGCUACCGCGCUGAGCACGGCGGCCGCCACCUGCUGGCCGACUACGUCCAGCUCGAGGUAGAGAAGGGCGAGCGCGUCGUCUUCCAGAAUGAUGGGUUCCUCGUCGUGUGUCCCUGGUGGGCCGUCUGGCCAUUUGAGGUCCUCGUCAUCCCGAAGCGCCAUGUCCGCGCACUCGUGGACCUGACGGACGAGGAGAGGCUGCAAUUUGCCGAGGCCAUCCAAGAGGUCACGAGGAGAUAUGACAACGUGUUCGAGACGAGCUUCCCUUACAGCUCUGGUAUCCACCAAGCUCCUCUCGACGCGACAGAGGAAGAAGCUGAGAAUAGCUACAUCCACAUGCAUUUCUACCCUCCCCUGCUCCGGUCAGCUACGGUGCGCAAGUUUCUCGUAGGGUACGAGCUCAUGGCUGAGCCGCAACGGGAUAUCACACCCGAGCAGGCAGCCGUGCGCCUACGAAACUGUGGCGGAGAGCUGUACCGCAAUCUGUUACCAUAAUGCAAUGUGGUGUUUGCUCGAGUCCACGGCCCAUCUGGAUGUCUGUUACCUUGGGUGCUAUCCGCGUAACUAAGGGACCUU